AUGCUGAAGGCAGCUAUUUUGCUCAUGUUACACUCAACUUAUGCAAAAGUUCAAAAUUAUGAGACAGGUGAUAAUUCAACUGUCAAGGGUUGCUCGAGUCAUUGUUCUUUUCACGACGGUAAUCUAACAUGCUUAAAUGGAUCAUUGGAGUUUUAUGAACGUCUUCUGUUGGCACAAAUGAAACAUUUUGUUGCAGUUCAAAUGCACAUUGAUCAGUGGUACAAAUGGCAUAAACACGGGCAUCGUAAUUAUACGGAAAUAAAGAAGGAAAUAAUCACAAAACUUUCCACAUAUUUGGAACCGGAAGAUGUAGUCGAUGAAGGGACAAUUGCUACUGUAAUUGAUGUUCUAAUAGACACUGUAGAGAAAGGAACUGAAAUGGUGGAAGAAAAAGAAGAGAAAAUACCACGUUUCACUUGUCCGUUACCUUGUGAGUAUCGUUACGACAUAUGGCGUAAUGUAUUCAUUGCUUCGAUGGUUUUAAAUUUACUACUUGUAAUUACCAUUAUUCCAUUUAUCGUAUCACUUAUUAGGUCUGAUGUUCCAGAACAAUUGGUAAGACGAUAA